UAUUGGCUAUGGUUGCUUGUUGUAAACGGUAUAAACGAAUUGCAAUGAUUUUCAGCUAAAUCCUAAGAAGAUGUCCCUUUCUGUAAUCAAAUUACUAGUCAACAAUCAUUCUCGAGUUUGUCGCUUCUGCCUAGAAUCAAAUCCGGAAAAAUUGAGCGAUGUAUACGAACAAAUUCUGGGAGAAUCGAACGUUGCAAGCAUCAGCAUUACCAUUCGCAAUGUGCUAUCUGUUCUGGGGUUACAGAUAACCCUAGAUGAUCCACAUCCGAAAUUGAUAUGUCGGCAUUGUCGAGAGUUUCUUUUCGCGAUUCACGACUUUCGGGAAGAGUCCUUGCAGUCAAUUCAACUGUUGGAUAAGGCCAGACUGCUGAAGGAAUUCCCCGACGUAACGUUCGACGAUAUUGUGGAGGGGGACUCGGUGAUUGGCGAAUCGGAACACAAAAGUGAACAUUCGGUAUCGAAUGAGGUAGAGGAAGAAGGUAUUGUGGAAGCACUGGAGGAGGAAUCAGAAAAUGGAGAUAUUCCUCUGACAACAACACUGACAGAAGAGGAAGUUGUGGUGAAUCCAGAGAAUGGAGAUAGAAUAGAUAUUAAAGAGGAGGAACUUUAUGUUGAGCAAACGAAAGAGGAGCGUGAUGAAUCGGAAUGGAUUAUGUUUGAAGAAAUUGAGAUUGGUGAAGAACAGGAGGAUGACAUGGAACCAAUUUAUCUUGAAGAGGAGCAAGAUAGUCAUCAAGAGUUUGAUCAAACAUUAUACAGUUCUAGUACAAUGACACCGGCAGACCAGGAAUCUCAAAGUAAUGCUUGUGUAGAAGUGGAUCCCAGCGAGACGUAUAAACCUUCGGCAUCAAAGAAAUGUCCAAUUUGCGGCAUUACGUCUACUUCGAUGGUGGUCCACAUGCGAACACACACCAAGAUACGGCCGUUCGUUUGUGAGAUUUGUUCCAAGGGAUUCUACACCAGUAAUAAACUGCGCUCUCACAUCAGCUCGGUGCAUCAUAAAGAAAGAAACUUUCGGUGCGAAAUUUGUGGAAAGGCAUUCUCGAUGAAAAAGACGUUGAAUGCCCACAUGAUGUCACAUUUGGCGGAGAAAUCACACGUUUGCACGAUGUGUUCCAAAAGUUUUCUCUUCCGCUGGGCACUCGCGAAACAUGAGAGGACUCAUACCGGCGAAAGGCCCUUCGUUUGUACGCUCGAUGGAUGUGGCAAAAGUUUCGCUUCGUCAUCAAACCUGAGGCAGCACCAGAAAACUGGUGCGCACUGGAAGCAGCCACGUGAAGAUGUGUGUAAGGAAUGUGAUAAAGUUUUCCAAAGUAAGUACGCUCUGAGGGCCCAUAAGAAGAUACACGAACAGCGAAGGGCAUCGGCAACGCAAAGACAAGUGCAUUAGAACGGUUUAAAAUAUAGUCUCUGCGAUGUUUUCAUAAA